CUUUUCCCCAUUUUCCCGAACCAAACCCUCCAAAAACACUCUCUGUCUUUCCAUCUCUGUGCUCUCGCUUUUAAUUCUUUCUGAUUCUCUUCAAUUCUUUUUCUAUACUCAGCAACACACCCAAUCCACUGUUUCCCUAUGACCCUUUUUAUUUUUAUAAAAAAAAUUCAAUAAAAUUAAAAAUAUUUGUUUUUUUUUUUCAUUUUUUUGGGUGUAAUGAAAGGAACUAGAGGCGUUCUUGUUUGAGCUAUUGUUUCCAAGUAGGAGUUUUGGUUUAAUCUUAACUCUUAUAUGUAUUAAAUUAAUAAAAAAAUCAAUCUUCGAUGUGAAUAAUCCAAGUUUAUGCAUAUGGGUAAGGCUAACUCAGAUCAAGGACUGGUGUCUUGUUUUGUUACAUAAGCAAAGACACUAGCUAUGUUUAUAUUCUUUUAUUUAUUUUUGGUCUAAUGUUUCCAUCAAAAAUGGGAGAAGCAAAUGAAAACAGAAGAAGUAGUAGGAGCAGCAGCAGCAGCAGGGGAAUGAGAAAUCUUUCUUUGCAGAUAGAAAAGUACCCAAGAGAUCUGUUACAAAGAUUCAUGUCAAGUGAAGCACAAGCUUCAACAAGAAGUGAAGGAGAGGAAGAAGAUGAAGAAGUGGAGCUGAAUCUUGGGUUGUCAUUAGGAGGUAGAUUUGGGGUUGAUAAGAAUGCAAAGAAGUUGACAAGGUCAUCAUCGAUUGCUGGUUCAAUACCAAUAUUAAGAGAAGGGGAUGCCAAUACUCCACCGCCAGUUCCUUACCCAACUCUCAUAAGAACAUCUUCUUUGCCUACUGAGACUGAGGAAGAGUGGAGGAAGAGAAAAGAGUUGCAGACGCUACGCAGAAUGGAAGCUAAAAGGAGAAGAAGUGAGAAGCAAAGGAGUUCAAGAGAGAAAAUGGAGGUGACUUUGUUAGAGGAAGAGAAGCAAACUGGAAGGGCCAAUAAUAUUGGGGUGGGCGUAGGACAACCUUUUGGGUUGCAGAGUUGGGCUGCAGCUGCAAGGCAGGUGAUUUUAGGAGCAGGGAGUGAAGUCGUGGGGUUGAAAGGGAAAGGUGGCGGUGGUGGUGCGGCUGGGUUUUCACAAGGUUUUAUGCAGUCUUGUUCUCAAGGGUCUGUGGAAUCACAAGGAGGAAGUUCUUCUAGUAUGUCAGAGAUGGAAAAUAAAGCCCUUCAAGAUAUUUGUAGUUUCAUAUUGGAAUCAGGGAUUAACUUCAGCUGGGAGACUGGAGCAAGCAGUUGUGGUGAAGCUAGAAGCUCUGGUAGCACCCAAUCCUUACAAGAUCAAGGCAAUCAAGAGGCUAUGGGUUCUUCAGGGGCAAAGACAAGUGAAACAUGCAGAACUUCCAGACUGGAGGUUGAAACUCUGUGUAAGGCAGUUGAAAAUAGGGGGAAAGAAAGAGGGAAUGCAAUGGAAGAUAUGCCUUGUGUUUUCACAAAGGGAGAAGGUCCUAGUGGGAAAAGAAUCGAAGGCAUUCUGUACAAGUAUGGGAAGGGAGAGGAAGUGAGGAUAAUGUGUGUAUGCCAUGGCAAUUUUCUCUCUCCAGCAGAGUUUGUCAAGCAUGCAGGUGGUGGUGAUGUAGAUCACCCUCUUAGGCAUAUAGUUGUAAACCCUUCCUCUGCUUCCCUUUUGUAAUUUGCAGUUUGAUGGCACCCCUCAAAAAAUGGGGAUGUGAAAAUAGGGACAAAUUGAAAGGUAAAAAUUUUGGAAAACAGUUUUUUAUUAUUUUUUUUCCAUUGCAAAGUUUGCAAUAUCUAAUUUACUCUUGUUGAGGUCUCCUAGGAGAGAUUUUCGGAUGCCUCUCUUUGGAUCA